AUGGCUGCUGAGAACGGUUCGCCGGCUCGCGACCCUACCUCCAGCGGGUUCCGUGGUCGCGGUCGAGGCGGACGCGGCGGCCGUGGGAGAGGUAGAGGAGGCGGCAGAGGCGCUUCCAGUGCCAAUGUUACCAAAUCUACUACCACUCGCGGAGGACGCGGUGGCACUCGAAGAGGGCGAGCAAAGAAUUUCCAAGAUUCUCGCGUCCAGGCCGCCUAUGAGCGCCAGCGCGAUCUCAAGGCCACAUACCAGGCUGUUGCUCAGGCUUUGAAGCCCGCCCUGCAAGAACUGGCCGAGCGCAACAUCGAUGAUCUUCUGCAGAAUCCUGAGCGUCAUGCAGAAGUCGAGGAGCACUAUCCCGUCAUUCGCCAGCUCCAGGCGAAUUACACCAACAGAUUAGCUGAGCAUGACAAGCGGCUUGAAUGCGACCUCAACCUGGCAGAGUCCAACUACAACCACGAGCAAUAUGUCAUUGAGCAGGAAUUCAAUAACGGAGUCGAGGAACUUUUGGAGCAAUUUUAUGAUGGCCAAGAAAAUCGUCUUCGCAUCCUUGCCGCUUUGCAUAGCAAAGAUUUACCUGUUGAUAUUCGUGAUGACCAGUACGAGUAUAUCACAAUCACUGAUGACCAUUUCGACAAUGAGUUCAAUCUAUAUGAACCCAUGAAAGACGGUCACCUCGUGCCCUACCCAUCACGCGUCGAAGGGACGGAUAUGUGGCAGAAGGCUCGCGAUGCUGAGGCUGAGGCUGCCGCCGCCGUUGCCGCCGCCGCCGCCAGCUCAGCUUCCUCAGGCCUCUCCGCCGCGCCUACCAGAGGGAGGGGCCGAGGCCGAGGAGGUAUCAGGCGAAGGCUCCUGGAGCAGCCAGAUGGCGCCACAACCCCCAAGAGAUCAUCACGUCUCGCCGCAGACGAUUCGCAGCUUCUCACAAACAUCCCCAUUGCUCCCGCCAAGGGCCUCCUCGCUUCUGCUGCUGAGGUCGAGAAGGCUCCAGAGGGGACACCAGGCGAAGAAGAGUCUGCUUCAGGCACUCCUGAACCAUCGGGCUUCUUCUCUGCUAUGCAGGCUAGACAGCAAGGCAGGCUUGGCACUCGAGAGAAGAGUCCACCGUUGCCGAAGCAUGUCGCCGAACCAGAUGAGCAUGGUGUUCGCGUAUACAACCAGCGACCCUCUGUGCGAGACAAGAUCCUCAACAGCCGCAUCAUCGCCCCUCAAAGUGUCAUAUUUGAUGAUCUUGACAUUGGGUUCCGUGACAGCUCCAAUGAUUCAUCCAAGGGUCAUACACGCGCCAAGCGUGGAAAGUAUCUGGACACUCCAAACAGUAAUGGGUUUCACAUUGAUCACUGGUGUAACGCUUUCGACUACUCUUCCCUCACCCCCAAAGAUUUCGAUGCAGAGCUCGUGAAGCGACAUCGGGUACAUCCAAAAUACGGUAUCUUCCUCCCUGACAGCUGCAACGAGAAUCCAGGUACAAAGCCGUAUAACAUGCCUGGAAAGCCAAUCGUUUUCAUCGCCAACCCCUCUGGCCGUAUCUCGCACGCAUCUCGGUCUUUCCAAAAGACGGUUAACUACCAUCGCUCCGUUGAUGCUCCUUGGCGACAAAAGUUCAACGCUUCCGUUAGGAGGUUCUGUAAGAUCGACCAAAUUGAUACGGAAGAAGUGUCUAUCAGCGAGUAUGUACCUACAGAUGAGGAGCUACGUGCAAGGUCACUGGGAACGGCCGAGAAAGAGCUCGAAACUAGACUCAGCUCGUCAGAGGACACCCCAAUGCAGGAAGUCGACGAAGUCGAAUACGAGGAACAGGCUUCAGAGCAGCCAGAAGCCGAACGCCCAGACUUGUCCUCGUUGACCAAUGCUGCUGCCUUUAUAGAGGCAGAGGAGGCGGCAGAGGCGGCAGCACGAGCCACCCCAGCACCUCCCAAGCCUGCUAAGUAUGACGCAGUCCGUGAUCUGUUCGUCGCUGAGUCGGAGCCUGCUCCCGUGGCGACUACACCCAAACCUGAGCAGGCUAAGCUUAAUUUGCUGGCUGAGCUCUGCCUCUCCAACCCUCGCAAUGCAAUUGUUUCGGUGGAGCAUGAUAUCAAGGGACCAAGCAGUUCUGUUCCUACGCAGAGCUACCUUCCUCCGGUUGAGAUGCAGCCCCCCAUCUCUAGUGAGAGGGAGAAUAGCUAUGUACCUGGAACUCCAAUCCCAUCACUUCGGGAACCCAGGAUGAUGACGGCGGAAAAUAUGGACCGCCCCAGCCAGCCUUAUUCACAACCAGAACAGCUCGCACCGCCUUCGAUCCUUCGACAGAGUGAUUCACUCGGCGACCAUCGACCUUACUUGCCCAUUCAGCAGCCUCCUAAUGAGAGCCCGUUAUAUCCACCCAUCCAGGAUCAUGUUGCUACAUCACAGCAGGUCCCACCACCAAUGGUACCGGAGUAUUCGUCUGGCCACCACUACCCUCCUCCGUCUCAAGACCAUGGCGGCUACAGUUCUUCUCACCCUGGCUACCCCGUUCCCGAAUAUAGGGACAGCCCCCCCAUCCAGCGAUCGUAUGAUCCAAGGAUGGAGAGACGUUUGAGUGGAUACGGCGCCGAAAACUCGGCAUAUGGUCGGACAUACUGGUCGCAGCAGCCUCCUUCUGGUCCUCCUCCGCCCCAGACACCUCCUGCUGUUGCUCAACCCCCUCCGCCCUCGCAGCAUUACCUUCCACCCCCUCACCCCUCGACGGGCCACUCCCGUGUUCCAUUCUCGAGUCAUGCAACCGCAGAGCCUCUGCCUCCAUUGCGGCCUCCACGAGCUCGAAAUCAGUCUCUCCAGGACGAGUCGAUGGUAGAUCCUGGUUUGCGCCCGAACCCUCCCUCGAGUUCUUUCAGCAAUUUUUAUUCUUCUGGACCUUCAAGGCAAUACCAUCAUGGCUACCCGGCCCCUGAGGCUCAGCCUCUCCCCAGUUUCCAGUCGCGUCCUAGCGAUAGACUAAUGCCGAAUCCGCAGCAACCGCCACCGGGUUCUGGUUAUCUCAACUCGCCUCCUCCGCCACCUUCGUAUGGACCCCCAACCACAUCCCCGACAUUUGCUCCAAUGCAACUCGGAGUCCCGCCUCUCACCCACGGCUCUCCAGACGAUGGGCGCAUGGGGCUGGGUGGCCCAUUCCGUCAUCGAUCUAAUGGCUCGAUCUCGGGCUCGGCAGCCGACUUGAACUCGAAAUAUCGUAAACUCCAGCCCGCCCCCAUGCCAGCCCAUAGGUCCUGGUCUAACAAGCCGGAACUCAAAACAAUACCAUAUGAUCACAAGAAUAGUUCGGGUGAUGCUGCUGCCCUCCCUAACUCCGGUCCCACGCAGAUCCGGGGUUGGAACGUCAACCAACAUCGCCGACGGCCACGCUCGGACAGACGUGACACGAUGGAUGUUGCGAAUGACAGAGAGGACUCCCGAUAG